AUGGUGCAUAACCACCCCUUUGCAUCGUGGGGGAGCUUUGCCACAAAUGCCCAGCCGGCGUCGACAGCUGCUUUGGUGGCGGCCACCCCGACUGCAGCGACAAAUAUCGCAACAACCUCAGCAGCAACCACUACUGCUUCUCAACUCACAACAACGACAUCGACCACGUCUUUUACACCUUCGACUAUCAUGCGAUCCUCACAGCCCACAAUGGUCCAGCCCCACCACCAGUUGCACUACCAGCAUCAGCUUCAUCUCCAGCAGUUGCAGCAACACCAUCAGUAUCUUGCAGCAGCGCGACAGCAGCAAGCUCAACAACAACAGCAGCAGCAGCGUGUUGCCUUCCCCACAUUCCCCGCCGUAGCUGUAACAGCCGUUUCCUCCCCCUCCAACCAAAAAACCCAGCAGCCCACCUUCCCUCCCUCCGUUGCAACGUCCUCCGUUCCAACUUCUGCGUCAACCAAUGGGGUUGAGGUUACCAAGGCAACCGGGGCCCCUGUGCUCCCUCAAAUCCCUGAAGAUCUCCUCCUCAAACUUGAUCCCUCUCUCGCUGACCAGAAAUCAGUUGAAUCUGCAGCAGCGGUGGAAAAACCCUAUCAGUGCGACCAAUGCUUGAAGCGCUACUCCGGUAUUAAGUCGCUGAAAAAUCACAAAUUAACGCACUCUGAUAUCCGGCCCCACAAGUGCUCUUUCUGUCAGAAGGCUUUUCUGCGAGCCGACAAGAUGCGGAUGCACGAAAUCUCCCACCUCAAUGUAAAACCGUUUGAGUGCGCUACAUGCAAACAACGCUUCACGAGAUCAGACAAACUCAAAAUCCACCACCGCACGCACACAGGCAUUCGACCCUACGCGUGCUCCUUUUGCCCUAAACGCUUUACCCGGUCCGACAAGUUGAAAAUCCAUGAGAGAAUCCACACGAAAAUUAAGCCGUACGAGUGUAUACACUGUGGCAAGUGUUUUGCCCGGUCGGACAAACGACGAUUGCACGAGAAGACGCAUUUAUAUGGACCUCGGCCAAGGACGAACGGCGUGCGGAAGUCCAAGUCCGGGUCUGCUGGGGCGCCGGCAGCAUCAGCCUCCGCCACGUCAUCCACACCCUCGGUUGUGUCUGCUAGUGCGAACCCCCUGCCUGUUUCGGGGUUCGGUUUCCUCUCCGCGGCGCCUGGGGCUGCCACAACAACUCUUUUCGCCGCACAAAACUUCCCCAUCGUCGCACUAAACCCGGUGGUUAAUGGGACGGCUGCCGCUAUUGUCCCUUCCAGCACGACAAACUCCACCACCACCACCACCGCCGCCACUGCUACUACUGACAAUGGAAUUAGUAACAUGAGUACCGCCUCAACUGCUGCAAGUGUUUCGACGAAUGCGACUAGUGCUGCCGCGGCAGCUAUCACAGCCUACCCGCAAUUUGCUCAGCAGAUGCACUACCCAGUUUUUAUGACGGCAAACACCAACCCCGCGGCGUCCUUUGUCUGUGUGGGACCAUCGGCAACAGCGACGACAACUACGGCGCCGUCCACUACCGGGAUUGUGUCGACUAGUGUUCCCACCGUGGCUGCAGCGGCCACAAACAACAUCGCCGCGGUGAUGGCAGCGGCUGCGUUGGGUCGCCAGUUCCAGAGCACCGGGGGUACGGGUUCGGCCCAGGUGGCCUCGAACACGGUGGCUCAUCAUUACGCCCACCAUCCUGCCCACCUCCAGUCACAACAAGCUGCCUACCUCCAGACCCCUGCCCACUACCAUCGACAGCAUCAGUACGCCUAUGCCGCCCAGCAGCAACAGCAGUAUCAGCAUCAUGUCAUCCAACAGCUGACUCAGCAGCCUCAACAGACCGCGCAACAGCAGGCCCAGCAGCAACAGCAGCAGCAUCAUCCCUCGGCUUACCACACCCAGCAACAGCACCAGCAGUACGCUGCAAUGCUGCAGGCCCAUCAAGCCGCGCACAUGCGACAACAAGCCUUCAGCUUCUUCCCUAACCGGACGACACAGUUCUCCUUCAACACUGGCGCGGCAACUUCGCAGGAACAGCAGCAGCAGAUUCUGGCGGCUCAGCAGCAAUACCUCCAGCACCAACAAUACGCCCAGCAGAUGGCCGUUGUGGCGGCGCAACAAAGAGCAGCAGCUGCGGCAGCCACUGCGGCUGUCUCCUCCCAGGCCGUGGCCUCAAACACCCCCGCCAACACGUCCUCCGUGUCCACGACUUGA